CUCGAAUUUGACAGUUUGUGGCAAGAAAAUCCGAACAUAUCCAUUGGAUGGUGUCGUAAUGAUUCCCGAGGUCUUCUCAAUCGGCGACCUCCAUGCCUCCGAGUCGCCGACCUAGGCCUUUCAAGUAUGACUACUGCGACAGCUCUUACAUCCCUCACCAAUUUUUGUUCCUCAAAUCCAGCAUAUCAUGAUUAGCUUUCGGCAGCAAUCAUCAAGCAUCGGCUGGCAAUGGUCGUCAGAUCUUCUCAGAUUGUCUACAAGGCCCGCUCGAACCGACUUUAGGCAAUUGCGUCAUAUCCAACAAGCGACUCGAAUGGCUGUAUCUUGUACCCCAAAAUCUUUAAGAAAUGGCGCUUCAAUUAAGGGGACAGUGCGUCAAUCACAAAAAGGACAACCGGUUCAUACCUGGAACCAAACCUGCUCGCCACGUUCAUGUUCCAUCCCUACCAACCAUCUAAACUCACGUCGAGUCACAUACAGCACUGCAUCCACUAUAUCUACUGAGCCUGUGAUUCACGAUAUCUUCGAACCCACGUCUGGAACGUGGCAGUAUCUUGUUGCCGAUCCGUCGACAUCAACAGCUGUCAUCAUCGACCCAGUCUUGAACUAUGAUCCCGCCACUCAAGCUGUGACCACUCAGGCAGCCGACUCCUUGCUCUCUUUUAUCAAGGGGAAGGGCUAUAAGAUCGACAAGAUUCUUGAAACGCACGCUCAUGCAGAUCAUUUGAGUGCAGCAUGUUAUCUUCAAAAACAUCUUGCCCAGGAUCAAGAUCAUAAGCCGCCCAUCUGCAUCGGCAAGCGCAUUGAACAAGUGCAAAAAUUGUUCGCCGAAAGAUAUGGUGUCCCACCAAAGGAAUACCAAGGCAUUUUUAACAGGCUUUUUGAUGAUGACGAAACCUUUACUAUCGGAAACCUGAAAGGAAAGGCUAUUCAUCUACCUGGGCACACCCCGGAUCAUCUUGGGUACAUGAUUGGCGAUAAUCUAUUCUGCGGUGAUUCUCUCUUCCAUGUGGAUAUCGGCACUGCACGCUGUGACUUCCCCGGUGGCGAUGCCAACGACCUCUUUCGAUCAGGCCGCAAGCUUCUGAGCCUCCCUGACCACUUCAAGAUCUGGACAGGUCAUGAUUAUCCACCAGAGGGACGCAGUGACCCCGUUGCUUGGGUGAGCGUCCAGGACCACAAGAAACUGAAUAAACAUCUGAAAGACGGUAUCAGCGAAGAAGAUUUUGUGACUUUGCGAAAGGAACGUGAUGCAGGAUUGGCGGCACCCAAGCUGCUCCACCAGUCUUUGCAGAUCAACAUUCGAGCAGGACGGCUUCCUUCGCCAACGAAGUUUGGGCAUCGGUUGCUUCACCUUCCGUUGAAGUUCACAGGGGAAGCAUGGUAACCGAGAUAUACGGAGUAUAUAUCCAUCGACUCACGGCUAACCAGGCAUGAAAAGAUGUACAAUCACCAGGCCGCAAUCCCUUUUCUUGUUUAACUACAUGUACUUCUGCAUAUGUAUAUUAUCUACUGAAGCGAGAUCAAAUUAAC